CUGGCUAACCUACUGUCUAUGUGGCUAACACAUUCUGGCUAGCAGUUUCAAUGUACAGCUGUUAUGCAGAAUGUUAGCGGUACUUGCGGUAAACCCGACUCAAGCGUUUAAACAGCAACACCGUGUAAAAGUCUAACGUUACCAACAACACAGAACUCGUUACGUCACUUACUAAAUGGUGAGCCAGGAGCACGUGCAGGCGGACAGCGAGUCUGGUAACUGAAGAGAACAUGUCUGCAAGUUAUCCCACACCAGUUUACUCCCACGCAGGAAGAGGAGACUUCCGAGAUGUCUACGAGCCGGCGGAGGACUCUUUCCUGUUGAUUGACGCCCUGGAGAAAGACGCAGACAGGCUGCAGCUGAUGAGCCCAUGUGUGUGUCUGGAGGUGGGCAGUGGCUCAGGAGUGGUGUCAGCUUUUCUGGCAUCAGUGGUUGGACCUUCAGCUCUAUAUCUUUGCACUGAUGUGAAUCCUGCAGCAGCACAGUGCACAGCAAAGACAGCUUCCUGUAACAAUGUUUCACUGCAGCCUGUCAACACAUCACUGGCGGAGUGUCUCUUGCCCCGCUUAAGUGGAAAAGUGGAUGUCCUUCUCUUCAACCCUCCCUAUGUGGUCACUCCUUCAGAAGAGGUGGGCAGCACGGGUAUAGAGGCUGCCUGGGCCGGGGGGAAGCGAGGCAGAGAGGUGACCGACAGGUUUCUGCCUGUGGUAGCACAGUUGCUCUCCAGCAAAGGCUUAUUCUACCUCAUUACUAUAGCGGAGAACGAUCCAGAGGAGAUUAUCCGUUUACUGGACAAAUGUGGUUUGAGGGGAGAGUCGUGCUUGUCGACCAGAGCUGGAAAUGAGAGGUUGUCCGUCCUGCGCUUCCAUAGGAGCUAACAAACAUGGAACUGUCACUUAGAAAUCUGCUGAAAGGAUUACAGGACCUGAUGAGAAGAAAUGUUUUCAGGUUAUCAUUUUCGACUGACUGGACACUGUUGUCUGCAAGGACAAAUUUACCGCAGAGGAAAACUGAAAGAAUCCUCAGAACUGGUGUGAAGAACUUUCUAAAUAAAGCAAUGUUGAACAAAAACUUUUCUUUGCAAGAAAUUGGUGAAAUGACCAAGGUGCUUCUGAUGUACUGGGAACAUUGUAAGUAAAUAAAACAAAUGCCACAC